ACCAUCAAAACUUCCUCUUGGAGUUUCUUUAUGAUGGGAAUACAAUGAGAAUUCGUUUACGCUGCUGCAGGUCUUUGGGCCGUGUGCGGCCACACUUCAUCGUCGUCCCAUUACUGUUUCUUCUUCUGGCUGGGGUCGCACUGACCUUUUUACUGCCUAUGAAUGAGGAGAGCAGCAUCCUCAGAGAGCUCCGCCACGGCUCCAACACUUCACUUACCUCACCCGACCCAGAGGACAGUUUUACUAUUAUUAUGCAAACGUACAACCGCACCGACAUACUCCUCAAGCUCCUCAACCAUUAUCAGGCCGUGCCUCACCUGCACUGCAUCAUCAUAGUGUGGAAUAAUGCUGGGGAGCCACCACCCAGGAAACUGUGGGAUUCCCUCGGCCCCCACCCUGUUCCAGUCAUCUUCAAAGAGCAGAGCGUCAACAGAAUGCGCAAUCGAUUGCAGCCACACCCUGAGAUCAUACCCAACGCUAUUUUGAUGCUAGAUGAUGACUUAUUGGUCAGUGUUCCUGAUAUCAGCUUUGCAUUUUCUGUCUGGAAGCAAUUCCCGGAUCAGAUUGUGGGUUUUGUUCCACGGAAGCAUGUAACUACAGCAUCUGGUGUGUACAGUUAUGGUAGCUUUGAGCUUCAGGAUCCUGACAGAGGUGGUGGGGACAGGUACUCUAUGAUCCUAGUGGGUGCGGCUUUCUUCCAUCGUCGCUUCCUGAAGCUGUUCCACGACCAGCCCAGCAAGGUGCACGCUCUAUUGGACGAAACGCAGAACUGCGAUGACAUCGCCAUGAACUUUGUCGUGGCACACCAACUCACAAAGUUAUCCGGACUCAAACGUCCAUCAGGAGUGUUUGUGAAGCCCGUAGACAUUCGUAAUCUGGAGAAGGAAGCUAGCAGUGGAUACGUUGGCAUGUGGCACAGAGCAGAGCACAUGCUACAGCGCUCCUAUUGUCUGAACAAGCUGGCACUUAUCUACAAUGGUAUGCCACUCCGCUACUCUAAUAUGAUGAUCUCACAGUUCGGCUUCCCCAGCUAUGCUAAUCACAAGAGCAGAUUUUGACCCUUGGACACGACAAGACAGCUGUUAUCUGCCUUAUGAGCAAUUAAAACAAAAUUUUUAAGCCAUCUUAGGAAUAGUUCAACCAAAAAUGAAAAUUCGGUCAUAAUUUACUCACCCUCAUGUAGUUAAAAAUACAUUUGACUUACUUUCUUAUGAGGAAUACAAAAGGAACAUUUAUAAUGCAUAUCCCAGUCUGUCUCUUUAAUACUGCAACCAAAAGUAAAGUAGUCCAUGCAACACGUCAUAUUUGAAGUCUUUUGAAGGUAUAUAAGAAGUUGAGAAGCUCUUUCACAAUGACAUGUGCAUUCGUGCAGGAACUUGCAUUGUUUUUAGCACUAAAUAAUGUAUGUUAUUGCGUGAACAUGCAUGCAAACAGGUUCUCUUGUACCUCUUAUGAUCGCGCAAUCUAAAUUUUAACUGAAAAAUUACCUACAUUUCUGGCUGUUUCUCACUUACACCUAAUGUAUGUAUUCAGAAGACUUGGAAUAUGAUGCUUGAGUCACAUGGAUGACUUUUAUGAUGCUUUUUGGUCCUUUAGCUUUAAAGUGAGUUUAUGGAUCUACUCCCAUUGCAUUGAAAAAACGGAUCGGGACUUUUUCUUUUGUGUUUGACCUAAGAAUGUAAAUCAUACAGAUUUGGAAUGACAUAAGGGUGAGUAAAUUAUGACAGAAUGUUCACGUUUGGGUGAACUCCUUUUUGUGGCAUGCGAAUAUGUGACUUGGGAAUGUUGAGCUCUUUUAAGUGACUCAAAUGUGACGGUCCAGCUUGUGCUUUAGUUAUGCCAAAUUUUGUUGCAUGCGCAUUACAGUAUUACAUUUCCUUGAUGGUUUUACAUUUAAUAUAACUAGUAAUUUGGACAUUAUUUAUUUAUGUCUACUUCAGAUUUUGUUUUGUUUGUUUUUUUUAACGGGUCUCUAUGCUGUAUUUCACAAGCAAGUCAUAAACUAAUUAAAUUCUAUGUAAAUAGAAAAUGGUGUGUUUUAUUAAUGGAUUUAUUAUUCUUUCUGCUUUGGCAUAAUUUGCCUUGUAUAACAUCUGUCCAGUAGGUGGGGUAUGACAUUUAUACAUUUAUAUUGGUACCUCCACCAGUACAGUGUAAUUAAUAUCUGUGCCUUAACCAACAUAGUGUUUUUUUUUAAGGGGGGGGGGUAGUAGUGUUAAUGGUACAUUUUUUUAUUUACUUCACUGAUUAUGAACUUAUGAAUGAAACAUCAGUAUGAUUUUGUGUUAACUAUUUAAAUGGUAGCACAGUGGUUUGUUUUCGUUCAGGACCCAGAACAAGUGACAGUAAGAC